ACUAUACUGAUAUAUAUUUCAGGUGACUAAUUAUCAGCUAAUAAAGUGUUAGUGUUUAAUUAAUUCAGAUGGCGCCAUCUGAAUUUCCAUUCACUUCAAAAGGACAAUCAACUGAUCAACGGAAGAAGGUCACUGUACUUAGCAUUGAUGGUGGCGGAAUUCGAGGGAUCAUUCCUGCAGUCAUCCUCCAUGAACUUGAAAAACACCUUCAGAAAUAUGAUGGACCAGAUGCAAGAAUUGCAGAUUAUUUUGAUAUAGUAGCAGGAACAAGCACAGGGUCCAUAUUAGCAGCAAUGAUAACUGCACCAGAAAAAAGAGGUUACAACAACAUUUUUGACGCAAACGUGCGGCUUCGUCCCAGGCUUGAUGCUUCACAAUUUGUUGGUUUCUACGAGAACAAAGGCAAAGAUAUCUUCGGAAGCCCGAUAUUUCAUGUUUUUGAUUAUCCAAAAAAGAUAAAGGAGGCUCUGCAAUAUAUUUUGUGUCGUUUUACGUCUCCUAUUAACUGGUUCGAAGCUGGAAUGGCUAUACUCACUAGACAUGGACCCUCACCUCUUAGGUCUGCAAUUAAGCAAGAGCUACAACAAAUUGGCCUCAAUGAAACUCUCACCAAAGUCGUUAUACCCACUUUCAGAAUUAGAAAGACCAAGCCUGUCAUUUUUACUUCAGAUAUGACGAAAGAUUAUAAGGGCAAGAACUACGAAGACUUUCGUCUUGCAGAUGUAGUUCUUGCCUCCUCCGCAGCUCCUACAUUUUUUCCUCCACAUAAAAUCCGUUUUAAGGGCAAGGAAGAUGGGUUUUUUGAUGGUGGUGUAUCUGCAAAUAAUCCUACUUUGGCUGCAAUCUGUGAAGCAACAAAAACAUAUGGAAACGAAAGAAACUUUGAGAAUUAUUUGGUUCUAUCAAUUGGUACUGGCCGAGUAGACUUAUCCCCAUAUCGUGGACAAGGUUUUGCAGAAUGGCUGUUUAAGGAAAUAUUUGGGAAAUUAAGAUUUGAGUUCCUAUGCAAUACAGUCAGUGAUGCUGUUGAGUUAUACAUGUCACGUAUCUUCCACUGCAAUGGAGUCUCUAAAAACUAUCUGCGAAUCCAGGAAUAUGAAUUGGAGAGUCAAAUGGAGAUUAUGGAUGAUGCAUCGCAGAGAAAUCUUUUUAACCUGAAGAACUGUGGAUCAGUUCUUUUGGAUAAAAAUGCAAAGAUUGUGAAUCCGGAUACAGGAUGUGUUGAGGAACUUUCAUAUAAAUAUAAAGACGCUUUGGCCGAAUUCGCUCGAGAGUUGGUGAAAGAAAAGAAAAAGACUCGUUCUUCUGCCUUCAGCUACUAAUUUAUAUGAUAGAGCUGCUUGCUUGAUUAAGCAUUAUGCACCAAAUAAAACAACCAAAGGAGACCUUUAUUUAUUUCCUUAAUUUCCUGUGUAUAAAUAAAUAAAAAAAAGGAAAAUACAUGAUUCACCAAUAUUAUAAUUAGAUAUGAA